CCCUUUGUGGCUGAUCCGACAUUCGAGGGGGGCGCCUCUUCCAGGAUCCGCCUUCUCCGGCUACGCGCCUCUCCCAACGAACGCCAACCCAGACAGGCUGCCUGUUCGUCCCCCACCACCCAUUCCGAUUCCACCGCGCGCGCACGCCAUGAGCGAGCCGGCCACCACCACCCCCACCCCCACCCCCGCCGGAGACCACGACGCAGCCGCCACCGCAUGCAAGCCUGCGGAGACGACCACGGCCCUGAUCACCUGCAGGAGCAGCAGCUGCAGCGCCCAGCAGCAGCAGCAGCAGCAGCAGCAGCAGGAGGAGCCGCUCGGCGACGACCAGCUGGGUGAGCUGCGGGAGAUCUUCCGCUCCUUCGACCGCAACGGCGACGGCAGCCUGACGCAGCUGGAGCUCGGGUCCCUCCUCCGCUCCCUCGGCCUCAAGCCCAGCACCGACGAGCUGGACUCCCUCAUCCAGCGCGCCGACACCAACUCCAACGGCCUCAUCGAGUUCUCCGAGUUCGUCGCCCUCGUCGCGCCCGAGCUCCUCUACGACCGCGCCCCCUACUCCGAGGACCAGAUCCGCCGCCUCUUCAACAUCUUCGACCGCGACGGCAACGGCUUCAUCACCGCCGCCGAGCUCGCCCACUCCAUGGCCAAGCUCGGCCACGCGCUCACCGUCAAGGAGCUCACCGGCAUGAUCAAGGAAGCCGACACCGACGGCGACGGCCGCAUCAGCUUCCAGGAAUUCUCCCGCGCCAUCACCGCCGCCGCAUUUGACAACAUCUUCUCCUGAGAAUAUAGCAUCAGUGGCAUUCACAUGCAUCGAUCGCGGCUGUUCAUCAGCCGAUCGCUUCGUCAGAUGUUUGGGGGAGAUCAGAUCAGAUCAGAAUUCAGAAUCAGAUCAGUGGGGUAAAUUUAGGUCAGGUGUUCUUCUUCAUAUGUGAUCGAGCUCUUGUGAAUAACGAAUAAAUCUUUGUAAAACAAACAGAAGUAAAACAUACGAAUUUCAGUUUAGAAAUGAACUAUUCGUGCAUUAUCUUUCUUCUCA